AUGAAGCUCCUGAUAAUGUUAUUGGUGGCUGCUGCAUCCGCUGCCCCACAAGGGUACAACCUACCAACGCCUUCUGGUCCAUCAUUAAAUGCUGGCAGAUGUGGCGGUGGACAAGUGCGACACGUGGAUGGCAGCUGCGUCACGCCUCAGGUGAACAGUCGUGUGUUCUUGUAUGAUGUGCCACCAAAUCAAGCUUCUUCCAGUCGGCCAGCGAACGUUCCAAAACCUAAGUUGGAACGAAAUAUUGUUUUCGUGAGACUUCCCGAUGGUGCUCAAGGACCAGAACCCAUCGUCGUUCCUCCUCCGAGGCAACAACACGUCUUAUUUGUCCUUAACAAGCAGUCGGAACAAGGUCAACAAGUGAUCGAGGUGCCAGCGCCACCACCUUCGGAUCCCGAAGUGUUCUUCGUGAACUACGCAGAAGGAGAGAACCCGACGCUUCCUGGUGGAGUAGACCUCCAAACGGCACUGAGUGCAGCCUCUCAAGGUGGCGGUCAAGUCGUAGGAGGUGGUGGCGGUGGAGGUUCUGGUGGCGGCAUCGGAGGCGGAUUUGGAGGUGGAUUUGGAGGCGGCAUUGGCGGUGGAAGCGGAGGUGGCGUCGGAGGUGGAUUUGGAGGCGGCAGUGGAGGUGGAUUCGGAGGCGGCAGUGGGGGUGGGAUUGGAGGUGGAUCUGGCGGUGGAAGCUACAGUCCCCCUAGUCCCUCCACUGCAUAUGGUAGACCAUAG